AUGGUAGCAGAAGCGGAACCUCAACAACCAGUGGCCUCUACGUCAUAUAUCCCUCCAACGAAAUAUAUCCUCUCGAAAGCCCAUCUCGCCGCAUUUCAACGUUCGCAGUCUCAUCAAGAUAUCAUCGAUUUCAUAGAAGAGCUGAACGAUGGUAUAGUAGGUAAGAAGUUAUCGGAAGCUGGACAAGGAUCAGAGCGUACGAAACCUAUAAUUGGUAUACUAGAAUCAGUAUUGGAAAUAGCCAAAUCUACACCUCCAGUCGAUAAUAAACUAUCGAGAUUCGGUAAUCCUGCGUUCAAGACAUUUUAUGAUAAAGUUGGAGAUGUAUCGAGCGAAUUGCAUUCUCGCAUAGUUGGACUUCCUGCCGAAGCGAUCCCCGAAGUAGAAGUGUAUUUCAAGGAGUCAUGGGGAAAUAGGCAGAGGGUAGAUUAUGGUAGUGGGAUGGAAUUCAACUUUCUCUGUUGGAUGUUAUCUCUGACUAAGCUGGGAGUAUUUACGAAAGAUGACUACCCAUUCCUUGUUCUUGGUGUCUUCUGGAGAUACAUCGAAGUGAUGCGAUACCUUCAAUCGACAUAUUGGCUUGAACCAGCUGGAUCACACGGUGUAUGGGGAUUAGACGAUUAUCAUUUCCUACCGUUUUUAUGGGGCAGUGGACAGCUGAAAGAUCAUAAAUACCUUCGACCCAAAGCGAUACACGAUCCUGAAAUCCUAGAAGCUUUCUCAAAAGAUUACAUGUACCUGUCCUGCAUAUCAUUCAUCAAUUCCAUCAAGACGGCUUCUCUACGAUGGCAUUCACCAAUGUUAGAUGAUAUAUCUGCCGUCAAGACUUGGUCCAAAGUCAAUGAGGGCAUGCAAAAGAUGUACAAAGCUGAAGUGUUGGGUAAAUUACCCGUCAUGCAACAUGCUCUUUUCGGUAGCUUGUUACCUUUCCCCACACCUGAACAAGAUCCAGAAUUGAAGAGAGCUUUGGAAGAAGAAGAAGGUGAUCUACCUCAACCUGAUUCGCAUGGUCAUAUACAUGUGAAAGGUGAGACUGGUUGGUCAAUGGAUUGUUGUGGUAUACCAGUCCCAUCCGCUUUUGCUGCUGCUCAAGAUGGCGCAACACCCCAUGGAGGUACACCCACAUUCACCGCUCGUUCAGGUAUCAAGCCAAUUCCAUUCGAUUAA